AUGUCCCGCCUCAACAAGCGCCACCCAGACCUUCUCUGCUGCAACUUCAACCAGGACUUCUCCUGCGUCGCUGUCGGCCACAAGAAGGGCUACACCAUCCUCAACUGCGACCCUUUCGGCAAGGUCCAUUCGAAGAAUGACCAGGGGGCAACGGGCAUCGUGGAGAUGCUCUUCUGCACGUCUCUGGUCGCGCUUGUAGGUGCUGCCGAUACACUCCCCAACAACAGCCCCCGCAAGCUACAGAUCGUCAAUACAAAGCGCCAAUCCACCAUCUGCGAGCUCAUCUUCCCCACCUCUGUCUUGGCAGUCAAGAUGAACCGAAAGAGGCUUGUAGUCGUGCUGGAGAAUGAGAUCUAUAUCUACGACAUCUCCACCAUGAAGCUCUUGCAUACCAUCGAAACGGGGCCGAAUCCAAAUGCCGUCUGCGCCCUCUCAUCCUCUUCUGAACGGUCAUACCUCGCCUACCCAUCCCCCGCCCCAUCUGCUUCUUCUACCCCACUCUCUUCCACGGCUGUACCCCCGGCGCCGCCAGCACCCACAACAGGCGACGUCCUCCUGUUCGACACCAUCUCUCUCACCGCCCUCAACGUCAUUCAGGCCCACAAGACACCCAUCGCCUCUCUCGCUCUCAACUCUUCCGGCACCAUGCUGGCGACUGCCUCGGAUAAGGGUACCGUAGUACGGGUGUUUAGCGUGCCGGACGCGAAAAAGUUGUGGCAAUUCAGGCGAGGGACGCAGAGCGCAAAGAUAUUCAGUAUCAACUUUAAUCUCAUGAGCACGCUGCUGGCCGUGUCGUCCGAUUCGAGCACGAUACACAUCUACCGUCUCGCCAACUCGCGGAAAAGCGGCGAAAAGGCCCACUCGACAGAAGAGUCGGUGACAGACGGCGCUCGCAGCCCUACCCCGUCCGAAACACCGUCCACCUCUUCCCCGCCUCUAGACCCUCACAACCCCGCUUCCGGCUCAUCCGCCACAUCCAGUCUUAGGCGACGGUCGUACCAUCUCGGCAAGUCGUUUGUGGGUGGCGUUGGAGGUUAUCUGCCAAAGAGCAUGUCGGAGAUGUGGGAGCCGCAGAGGGAUUUUGCGUUCAUCAAGUUGAGAGGGAACCAUGGGAGGACUGUUGUGGCUAUGAGCGGUACGGUACCGCAGGUGAUGGUCAUCAGCUCAGAAGGAUUGUUCCAGGCAUACAACAUUGACCUCGAGAACGGCGGCGAAUGUUCGUUGAUGAAGGAGUUUUCUCUGUUGGGUAGUGAAGAUUCCGGUAACGGUGCCUAA